AUGGAGCCUUCAGGAAGUCCUGCAAAGGAUAAUUUCAGAAUGAACCGCUACAAGAACAAAGCGCUCAACCUGGAGGAGAUGCGUCGGAGAAGGGAGGAGGAAGGCGUUCAGCUGAGGAAACAGAAACGAGAGCAACAGCUGUUUAAGAGGAGAAAUGUGGAGCUGCUGGGUGAAGAAGGGGGAAUGUUUGACAGUCCACUUACAGAUUCCUCCAUCUCCUCCACCACAGCACCAGAUGGAGUAAUUACAAGAGACAUGGUUGAAAUGCUCUUCUCAGAAGAUCCUGAACUACAACUGGUCAUAACGCAGAGAUUCAGAAAACUGCUUUCCAAAGAACCAAACCCUCCUAUUGACGAGGUGAUAAGCACUCCUGGAGUUGUGAAUAGAUUCGUAGAGUUCCUUCAGAAAAGUACCAAUUGCACAUUACAGUUUGAGGCCGCUUGGGCACUGACCAACAUCGCAUCUGGAACAUCUCAACAGACAAAGUUUGUGAUCGAGGCCGGUGCUGUACCUGUCUUUAUUGAGCUUCUCAACUCCGAGUUUGAAGACGUGCAGGAGCAGGCUGUUUGGGCUUUGGGGAACAUUGCGGGAGACAGCGCUGUGUGCAGAGAUUAUGUGCUAAACUGUAAUAUCCUUUCUCCUCUACUAAUGCUGCUGACCAAAUCAACUCGUCUCACAAUGACCAGGAAUGCUGUGUGGGCCUUGUCCAACCUCUGCAGAGGCAAAAGUCCUCCCCCAGACUUUGAGAAGGUGUCUCCAUGCCUGCCUGUGCUGUCCCGUCUUUUGUUCAGCAGUGAUUCAGACCUGCUGGCUGAUGCAUGUUGGGCCUUGUCCUAUCUCUCUGAUGGGCCCAAUGAGAAGAUCCAAGCAGUUAUUGAUUCAGGGGUCUGCAGGAGACUGGUGGAGCUGCUUAUGCAUACGGAUUACAAGGUGGCCUCUCCUGCUCUGAGGGCUGUUGGAAACAUUGUUACAGGAGAUGACAUUCAGACACAGGUGGUGUUGAACUGCUCCGCUCUCCCCUGCCUCCUGCACCUGCUCAGUAGCGCCAAGGAAUCCAUCAGGAAGGAGGCCUGCUGGACUAUCUCCAAUGUCACAGCGGGAAACAGAGCGCAAAUCCAGGCCGUAAUAGAUGCAAACAUCUUCCCAGUCUUGAUAGAUAUCCUACAGAAAGCAGAAUUCCGCACCAGGAAGGAGGCGGCGUGGGCGAUCACUAAUGCCACUUCAGGUGGCACACCUGAGCAGAUCCGGUAUAUGGUGAAUUUGGGCUGCAUUAAACCUCUUUGUGAUCUUUUGACUGUGAUGGACUCCAAGAUCGUACAGGUGGCUUUGAAUGGUCUGGAGAACAUUCUCAGACUGGGCGAGCAGGAGGCCAAACAGAACGGCAGCGGCCUCAACCCUUACUGCAGUCUUAUUGAGGAAGCCUAUGGUUUGGACAAAAUCGAGUUCCUACAGAGUCAUGAAAAUCAGGAGAUCUACCAGAAAGCCUUUGACCUCAUCGAGCACUACUUUGGUGCUGAGGACGAGGAUGCCAGUCUGGCACCACAGGUGGAUGAGAACCAGCAGCAGUUUCUUUUCCCGCAGCAGGAGGCCCCCAUGGAGGGCUUCCAGCUAUAACCAGCCUUCAGACUCUUCCCGGCCGCCCCUUCCCUUUACACCCAUCCCUACACCUCAUACCGGUACUAAAACGCAUGUCGGAAUAUAUCUGGGUGAACCAAA